UAAAGCCCAGCUAACCUUGGAAAUACUCGACAAUACUCUCUCUCUAUCUCUCUCUCUCUCUCUCUCUCUCUCCGUGUAAAGCUCUUAGGGCCUUCUUGCGGCUCCAUGACAAACACCAUGGCAGAAGUUCUGAGUGAGGAACAGGUUGUCGAGUUUAAAGAAGCUUUUGGUCUGUUUGACGGAGAUGGAGAUGGUUGCAUUACUCUUGAAGAAUUGGCGACUGUUAUCCGGUCAUUGGAUCAAAAUCCAACGGAGGAGGAGCUUCAGGACAUGCUAAGCGAAGUUGACGCUGAUGGAAAUGGGACCAUAGAGUUUGCAGAGUUCUUGAACCUAAUGGUCAAGAAGAUGAAGGAGACUGAUGCAGAGGAGGAGCUUAAAGAAGCCUUCAAAGUAUUUGACAAGGACCAAAAUGGGUUUAUAUCAGCUAGUGAGUUGAGGCAUGUAAUGAUCAAUCUUGGUGAAAAGCUGACGGAUGAAGAGGUGCAACAAAUGAUCAGAGAGGCAGACCUAGAUGGUGAUGGACAGGUCAACUACGAAGAAUUUGUCAAAAUGAUGAUGGCCAUCGGAUAACCAAUUACGUACUCGAUCGACGGACAAAAUGGUCGAUUGAAGAAAUUUCUUAUUCAAAUUCAUUAUUUUCCAACCUUGUUUCCCGCCAAAAAUAAGUGUGCAUGUUUAAUUAAUUACUUCUCGUGUUUAAUUUGUUGUAGUUGUUGAUGAAUUAUAAGUAUGUACGUCAUGAAUUACCAAAAUUACCAAAAUCUAGAUUCUAUUCUUUGUUUUCUUGUUGAAUAUUUUAUUACGUGUGAUUCAGA